CUGGUCUGCUGACCACCUUUCUUCUGAUUUGCUUCCUCGGUGACUUAGUAGCUGUUUCUGAGUUGUAGUUGCUCAGAGCCUCACUCCUCUUCUCCAGUCAUGAGCCGCACAUGGAAAGCCCUUCUUCUGCUGAUGGCGUGUGCUUCUUCUCUUGGCUUCAACUUGGACACGGAGCAGCCGACGCGUUUCCACGUGGAUGGUGCUGGGUUUGGACACAGUGUGGCCCAGUACGAUGGCUCCUGGGUGGUGGUUGGAGCCCCAAAGGAAAUAAGGGCCACUAACCAAACAGGUGUUCUCUACAAAUGUGGCUAUGACACGGGGACAUGCCAGUCCAUCCAACUCCAGGUGCCACCAGAGGCCGUGAACAUAUCCCUGGGCCUGUCCCUCACUGCUGCCACCAACCCUGCCCAGCUGUUGGCCUGUGGUCCUACUGUGCACCAUAUAUGCAGAGAGAACGCAUACUUGACGGGGCUCUGCUUUCUAAUGAGAUCCUUCCUACAGAACAGGAAUAUCCUAACUACGCAGCAGGAGUGUCCAAGGCAAGAGCACGACAUCGUAUUCUUGAUUGAUGGCUCGGGUAGCAUCUCUUCCUCAAAUUUUAAAAAAAUGAUGAACUUUGUGAAAGCUGUGAUGAGCCAAUUCCAGAGACCCAGCACACAGUUCUCCCUGAUGCAGUUCUCUGAUAAAUUCUGGACACAUUUUACUUUCAACACAUUCAUGGCCGCUUCAAGCCCUUUACACCUGUUGGAGUCUGUAACACAGCUUGGAGGAUACACACACACAGCCACUGCUAUCAGCCGUGUCAUAACAGAACUGUUCACGGCCCAAAGUGGAGCUCGGAAAGAUGCCACCAAGGUCCUCAUUGUCAUAACUGAUGGGAUGAAACAAGGUGAUGACAAGAAUUAUAAUGUUGUCAUCCCCAUGGCAGAGGCUGCAGGCAUCACCCGUUAUGCAAUCGGGGUAGGAAGUGCCUUUUCCUACACAUAUUCCAAACAAGAAUUAAACGACAUUGCAUCGAUGCCUUCCCAAGAGUAUGUUUUCAAUGUGGAGAACUUUGAUGCUUUGAAGGAUAUUCAGAACCAGCUGAAGGAGAAGAUCUUCGCCAUUGAGGGUACAGAGACAGCCAGCAGCAGUUCUUUUGAAUUGGAGAUGUCCCAGGAGGGCUUCAGUGCCGUGUUUACGCCUGAUGGACCAGUUCUAGGGGCUGUUGGAAGCUUCAGCUGGUCUGGAGGUGCCUUCUUACACUCCCCAAAUACAAAGCCCACCUUCAUCAACAUGUCUCAGGACAAUGUGGACAUGAGGGACUCUUACCUGGGUUACUCCAUCGCACUGGCCUUUUGGAAGGGGGUCCACAGCCUGGUCCUGGGGGCCCCUCGCUACCAGCACACGGGGAAGGUUGUCAUCUUUACCCAGGAAUCCAGACAGUGGAGGCCCAGGACUGAAGUCAGAGGGACACAGAUCGGCUCCUACUUUGGGGCGUCCCUCUGUUCUGUGGACAUGGAUGGAGAUGGCAGCACUGACCUGGUCCUGAUCGGUGCCCCCCAUUACUACGGGCAGACCCGAGGGGGGCAGGUGUCCGUGUGCCCCAUGCCCACUGGGAGGGGCAAGUGGCAGUGUAAGGCCACUCUCCACGGGGAGCAGGGCCAUCCCUGGGGCUGCUUUGGGGCAGCCCUGACGGUGCUAGGGGACGUGAAUGGGGACAGUCUGGUGGAUGUGGCCGUCGGUGCCCCUGGAGAGGAGGAUAACAGAGGUGCUGUCUACAUAUUUCAUGGAGCCUCAAAACUGGACAUCACUCCCUCGCCCAGCCAGAGGAUUUCAGGAUCCCAGCUCUCCGGACUCCAAUAUUUUGGACAGUCCUUGAGUGGGGGUCAGGACCUCACCCAGGAUGGACUGGUGGACCUGGCCGUGGGGUCCAAGGGACAUGUGCUGCUGCUCAGGACCAGGCCGAUUCUUAGAGUGACAUCCACUCUAGGCUUCAAACUUACAGAAAUCCCCAGGUCUGUAUUUGAGUGUCGGGAACAGGCGACCCCUGUACAGACACUGGGUGACGCCAAUGUCUGCCUCCAUAUUUAUGAAAGUCCCAAGACCCAACUAGGCGACCUCCAAAGCUCUGUCACCUUUCACCUGACUCUAGACCAUGCUCGCAUGAGUCCCCGUGCCAUCUUCAAGGAGACAACGGCCCGGACUCUGACCCGAGAGAAAACCCUUGGUCUGACCCGGCACUGUGAAACUGUGACGUUGCUUCUCCCGGCCUGUGUGGAAGACCCAGUGACCCCUGUCACUUUGCGUCUCAACUUCUCUCUUGUUGGCCUGCCCAUCCCUACCUUACGAAACCUCCAACCCGUGCUGGCUGUAGAUGAACAAACCUACCUCACGGCCUCUCUUCCCUUUGAAAAGAACUGUGGAGCUGACCACAUCUGCCAGGACGACCUCGGAAUCAUCUUUGGCUUCUCAGGCUUGAAGACCCUGGUGGUGGGAAGUGACCUGGAGCUGAAUGUGAAUGUGAUGGUGGCUAAUGAUGGGGAAGAUUCCUAUGGGACCACUGUCACUUUGUCCUACCCAGUGGGUUUGUCCUUUACACGAGUUGCAGAUGCCCACCUAUCCCCUCGAGGGAAGGAAGAGAACCAGCGGCAGCGAUACUCCCUGCACCUCACGUGUGACAGCACCCCGAGCCGGAGUCAGGACCUCUGGAACACCAGUUGCAGCAGCAGCCAUAUCAUUUUCCGAGGAGGUGCUCAGAUGACUUUCUUGGUAACUUUUCAUGUCUCCCCCAAAGCUGUGCUGGGGGAUCAGCUGCUUCUAAGAGCCACAGUGAGCAGUGAGAACGGCGCACCCAAGAGCCAUAAGACCACAUUCCAGUUGGGGCUCCCAGUAAAGUAUGCUGUGUAUACCAUCAUCAGCAGCCACAACCAAUUCACCAAGUAUCUCAACUUCUCAGCCCCAGAAAAGGAGAAGGGCAGCGUGGUCGAACACAGAUACCAGGUGAAUAAUCUGGGACAGAGAGACGUGCCAGUCAGUGUCAACUUUUGGGUGCCUGUGGAGCUGAAGGGAGAAGCUGUGUGGACAGGGGUGGCCUUGCUCUCUCAGAACCUGCCCAUCCAGUGUUAUCAGAAUAGACUAGUGCCGACACCGCAAUCUGACCUCCUGACUCACAUGCAGAGGAGCCCCGUGCUGGACUGCUCCAUUGCCGACUGCCUGCACUUCCGCUGUGACAUCCUCUCCUUGGGUGUUCAGGACCAGCUGGACUUCACUCUGAAGGGCAACCUCAGCUUUGGCUGGGUCACUCAGACAUUGCAGAAAAAGGUGCUGCUCCUGAGUGUGGCUGAAAUCACAUUCAACACAGCCGUGUAUUCCCAGCUGCCAGGACAGGAGGCAUUUCUGAGAGCCCAGGUGAAGACGGUGCUGGAGAAGUAUGAAGUUCACAACCUGGUCCCUCUCAUUGUGGGCAGCUCAGUGGGAGGCCUGCUGCUGCUGGCCCUCAUCACAGCAGCGCUGUACAAGGCUGGCUUCUUCAAGCGUCAGUACAAGGAAAUGAUGGAAGAAGCGAAUGGACAGUUUGCCUCAGAAAAUGGGACAUCAGACCCCCAAGUGGCCCAGUGAGAAGUUACCUCCUCGUCUUCUCUGAACCUGUCCCCCUGACAAAUUUCCCAGAUCUUGUACUCUCCCUUAAGUCAGGACCAAUGGUAAAGAAGCAUUCUGUGCUAGGAAUGCUGGGACCAGGCCAGCUUUGCUCUUUGUGUCUUGUCAGAACUUUGCCUGAAACCUCAGAUGACAGGUCUCUGCUGUGACCCAGAGAACUUGACUAGGAAUUUCUUCCCAGGAAUACACGGGCAGCUCAGUGGCCCCUUGCUUGGUUGGCCACUAAUGAGCUUUUCUGUGAUGAAGAACGGAAGUGUUCACUUGUCCUUGUCUAUUUCGUCCUGUCUACUUUCAGGAUGUUAGAACCGAGUUCUAUCUCAGGAGGCGAGCUUCAGAGAGCCUGGGAUGCUCUGUGCUUUCACCUUAUCCGCAUUUCUAGUGUGUAGCUUCUCUCUGAGACUCUUAAUCUCAGCUUUCUCAAACUGAAUUGGCAAGGAAACAUCUGUGCGAUGUAAUUAAUGGAGCUGGAUUCUGGCAUCAGUGUUGCUGGCUGGGAAGAACAGUGUCCGGUUGUCUUAGGAGGGACGUUGCUCCAGUGCAGCUCAAGGUCAAGAAAGGCCCGUGUCACUUUGAUGUGUGACUUUUUCUGGGAAGACAUAAGCAAACAUCUGUUUACCCAAGAUACAGAACUGAUAGAAGACCAAAGGAAUACUCCACCCAAGUCUUAUCUAUUGAACAAAUGAGGGAGCUUGUAGCUCAGUUCCAGCUUGUUUUUUCCAUAUCUUACAGCCAACAUGUGGCAGCUUCAGCAGCAGAAACUUACUGUCUAGUUCUAACCAACAGCAGAAGGUACAGAUUUCAUGGCUUUGAGGGCAUCAGAGGCCUCUUUGGCUAAUAACUCAUAGGGUAGUAGCCCAUCUUGUGGCUCCUGGAAAUGCCUUUUCCCACAAGUGCAUUGUACCUUCAUUCAGACUCUUUAACUGGUUUCACUGUUCUUUCAGAUGCUUUUCUAAGUCUAUGGGCAUUUGAGGGAGAGCAUUAUAUAAUAAAGCAAUUUCCUCAUUUUCCCCA